GACUGGCUUACAACUUGAGAGUAUGACCCAUUCUUAUUAUUAACUACAAUGGAUCAACCAAUGCCAUAUAUGUACAGGUAUGUUUGCAGUCCUUAACUCAUCUUAUAAUGGAAACACAGGUUGCCAUCAUUGGUGCUGGCAUUAGCGGCCUGGCUGCCUGCAAGCAUUGCAAGUCCAAGGGUCUGAAUCCUAUCGUCUUCGAGUCUGAGGCAAGUGUUGGCGGUGUCUGGAGGAAGACCAUUGGGAUAACCAGGCUCCAGACUCCUAAAAAGAUUUAUCAGUUCUCUGAUUUUCCUUGGCCACCUUCAGUAACAGAUGAAUUCCCUCCCCAGUCCCAGGUGAUCCAGUAUCUUCAGUCCUACGCUCAACAUUUUGAUUUGUUGCAGCACAUCCGCUUUGGAUGUCAGGUUGUGAGCCUCAGGUAUGAUGGUCCAUCAGAUGAAGAAAUGCGAGCAUGGUCACUCUGGGGUGGCAAAGGGGAUCCUUUCGACACUAAAGGGAAAUGGCAUGUCACCGUGCAGGAUCAGAACACGCUUUCAACUAAGGUUUACUCUGUGAGCUUUGUGAUUCUUUGUUUUGGAAAAUACAACGGCCUUCCAGACAUUCCUGAGUUCCCGAAAGAUAAGGGACCUGAGGUUUUUCAAGGAAAGGUGAUGCACUCUGCAGAUUACUCAGCCAUGGAUAGCACAGACGCAGCUAAUCUGGUCAGAGGGAAAAGAGUUGCUGUUGUGGGGUUUCGGAAAUCAGCAGUGGACAUUGCACUGGAAUGUUCAACUGUAAAUGGGCCGGAACAUCCAUGUACAGUGGUGUACAGGACUGGACAUUGGGGCAUCCCCUCUGUCCUUCCGAUGGGAAUUUCUAUACCCUUUCCAUACGGUACCCGCUUCUCAGAGCUGAUGGUUCAUAAGCCUGAUGAAAGUUUUGCACUCUCUCUGCUAGCAUCAAUUCUCACCCCAUUGAGUUGGGGAAUUUCUAAAUCUAUUGAAAUAUACAUAAGUUCCUAUUUCCGUCUGGGAAAAUUUGGGACGGUUCCAAAACACAGACUCUCGAAAGAAAUCAUGUCUUGCCACAGUGUCAAGUUGUCGGAGGAGUUCUAUGACAUGGUUGAGAAGGGGAGCAUAAAACUGAAGAAGUCCAAGGCAUUCUGUUUUAGCAAGAAAGGCAUCUUGUUUGAUAGUGAGGUUGAAUCAGCAGAUGUGGAUUUAGUCAUACUGGCUACUGGCUUCAAGUAUUUCGAAAAGCUGAAGGACAUUUUUGUGUCUUCAACAUUCCAGAGCGACAUAACCACAGCACCUGGGCUUUACAGGAACUGCAUUCACCCUCGAGUCCCACAACUAGCUAUAAUUGGAUUUUCAGAGAGUAUUUCAAAUCUACACAACGCUGAGAUGAACUGCCUAUGGCUGUCAGAACUUCUUGAUGGCACAUUCAAUCUACCAAGCAUCAAAGAGAUGGAUGAUGACAUAGCAAAAUGGGAUAAAUACAUGAAGGAAUACUCUGGUGAAUACCACUACAAAAGGUGCAUUGCAGGAUUACAGAUAUGGUUCAAUGAUCAAUUGUGCAAAGACAUUGGCUGGUUUCCUAAAAGGAAAAAGGGAUUUAUGGCAGAACUAUUUGAACCUUAUGGCCCGACGGAUUAUGUCCAAUCCUAAAUAAUACAAACCCUGUCUAUUAUAUGCUAGCUUUGAUCUGUAUUGAAGUUUUAAUAUUGAGUGUGUGCACACAGUGUUGUAAUAAUUCUGAUCUGAAGGAGUCCCCCCACCCCCUUCCCCCUCAGAAGAUGUAUAUUUGAUCUGCAGCAAGUUUGGCGAUUUAUACAUAGAUGAACAACGUCUUUAAAGAUCAAUUG